GGCGCUCCUCGGCCUGGCGGGUGGAUGGCGUCUGUGCUCGGCGGCGCGGCCUGGCUAGGUCGGAAGCAGCCGCCGGCCUGUCCGCCCCGGCUCGGCUCGGCUCGGCUCGGCUCGGCUCGGCUCGGGCGGGCUCCCGCGGCGGGGCUGCGUCGGGCGGGCGCCGCCAUGGUUUAAAGGGCCGCGGGCAGACGCGAGCGGGCAGGAGCCAUGAACCUGCUCCCGGCGAACCCGCACGGCAACGGGCUGCUCUACGCCGGCUUCAACCAGGACCACGGCUGCUUUGCAUGUGGAAUGGAAAAUGGAUUCCGAGUUUAUAAUGCAGAUCCACUCAAAGAAAAAGAGAAACAAGAAUUUCUAGAAGGUGGUGUUGGCCACGUCGAAAUGUUGUUUCGUUGCAACUACUUAGCGCUAGUAGGUGGAGGAAAAAAGCCGAAGUACCCACCCAACAAAGUAAUGAUUUGGGAUGACCUGAAAAAGAAGACUGUCAUUGAGAUAGAAUUUUCUACAGAAGUCAAAGCAGUUAAACUGCGAAGAGAUAGAAUUGUGGUAGUUCUGGACUCAAUGAUUAAAGUUUUCACAUUCACACACAAUCCCCACCAGUUGCACGUCUUUGAAACCUGCUACAACCCUAAAGGUCUCUGUGUCCUUUGUCCAAAUAGUAAUAACUCUCUCCUUGCAUUUCCUGGAACACAUACUGGGCAUGUGCAGAUAGUGGAUCUGGCUAAUACAGAAAAGCCGCCUGUAGACAUACCAGCUCAUGAAGGUGUCUUGAGCUGUAUAGCUUUAAACCUGCAGGGAACAAGAAUUGCAACAGCAUCAGAAAAAGGGACCCUCAUAAGAAUAUUUGAUACUUCAUCAGGGCAUUUAAUCCAGGAGCUACGAAGAGGAUCACAGGCAGCCAAUAUAUACUGCAUUAACUUCAAUCAGGAUGCUUCCCUAAUCUGUGUAUCCAGUGACCACGGCACAGUACAUAUUUUUGCUGCAGAAGACCCCAAAAGAAAUAAACAGUCAAGUUUGGCCUCUGCCAGCUUUCUCCCCAAAUACUUCAGUUCCAAAUGGAGUUUUUCCAAAUUUCAGGUUCCCUCAGGCUCUCCGUGCAUUUGUGCCUUUGGAACAGAGCCAAAUGCUGUCAUAGCAAUAUGUGCAGAUGGCAGCUACUACAAGUUCUUAUUCAACCAAAAAGGGGAAUGCUCAAGGGAUGUCUAUGCUCAGUUUCUAGAAAUGACUGAUGACAAGCUUUGACUGAGUUGAGGGAGUGCAUGGGUCACAGUACUGCCUUGGCUAUUCUGCAUCUUUGGAAGGACAGUGUAUGAAUGUCCAAUACCGAUCAAGAAGUUUAGCAGACCUCACUGAGAAGCCUGGCCCAACAUGAUCAGAACAAGCUCUGAAGUAGUGGACUACAUAUGUUUAUUCUCAUUUCUGCAAGCAUUCAUCAUUUAAAAUCUCUUUGAGUUACUGUCAUCAACUCAAGUUUUCAAGACAUGACUUUCAACAAGCUUGUGCCUAUUGGGUUUCUCUUAAUCUAAACUGUGAAAUGACUUUAGGUUAAACAUGAGUGCCUGCCACACUACACGAUCUGCAGGGGGCUGUACAUAUGUCAGGACUAGCCUUAGAAAAAGGGAUAUGAAAACAGAAGAUUUUAGGCAUUGCUUUACUUCCACUGAGCUGCUGAGAGAGGGAAGAAUAUACAGAUCAUAGUCAGCUAAAUCCAGCAGCCUGGUUAGGAACCAGAGUACUGCUUCUCCCCCUGACCACGCGUCCUAGCAUAACAGAGGAGAAGCGAUGACAAGCAUAUAGCCAUAGAAAACUGUAGCUCGAGCCAUGCUUGUCCUCUGAUCUGGUGUGUCAGGUUCAGGGGUGGUAGUCCUGUGCCUGCAGACUGCUGCUCGUACACACACACACACUGCUGUUGGUUAAGUUGAAUGAUCAGCACUAAUUGUCAAAGGUGCCAAACUGUAUAUAGUAGAUGAAGGCACAUUGAGGCACUUGCAGACCUAACUAACCACUACUCAGUGUCUGAAGUAAGCACAUGGGAUACUUUGGCAAAUGAGACUUCUGUAUUUGCAGAGAGGUGUGAUUUUUUUUUUCCUUCUGUAGUGAAACAGCCAUUCCAAGUUUAAAAGCCGCCCUCGGUACUGGUGUGACAACUGUAGCAACUGCUUCAAAAAUAGCUGUGCUUCAACUGGAAGACUUGACAGGCCACUUACCCAUCCAGCACAAUACAUGAACUAGGUGGCAUGAAGUAUACUCUUCUGCAAUGGCUUUAAACUUGCAAACUUUUUUUUUUUUUUUUUUUUCUUUUUGAAAUGUUGCAUACUAAGUAUUGUUGGUCUAGGAGCAGUUAGGUUAGAUUAAACUGACUGACUUGUAAACUUUCUUUUCUCAAAGUUGUUUUAUGGCAAUUAGUAUUUACUGCUGGAAUAAGGCACAAGAUACUAAACUAGAAACUGAACUAGACACAAGCUCUCUGUUACUAGCACUCAAUACCUGGGGGGAGGGAAGUCUUGCUCUUCUGGAAUUUAAUUUUACAGAUGCUUCAAAUCUGACAUCCCCGUUCACUCUAAGAUGGUUUAGCUGCAAACUCUCUAAAUUUGACAAGUUUCUUUUAGUGUCACAUAACAUACUAAGGACUAACUUCUACGCAGAUUUUGAUGUCAAGUUUGCAUGUUGCUUUUAUGUGUACUUAAUCACAGAAAUUGUUUUGCACACUUAUUUGUAAUAUGUUAUUUCUUUUAAAUAAAAGUGACUAAUUUUGCUGUA